GUGCGAAUGUAGUAGAAAGAAAGUAGAAUGUGAUUUGACAGUGUUAAUAAUAAUAUAGCAGCUAAGUUGAUAGCUUAUCAAGGAAUAUUUACUAUCUGAAUAAUGGAACAGAUGGUGGAAGACCUAGAAGUAGAUACAAAUGUUAUGAUUUUCCGAGUCAAGCUCUUUCUUGCCAGAACUGAGUUAAAUGAGGCUAUGUCUCGGACCCAGUUUCAGAUGGCUACAGAACCUCCAGUGAAGGACGCCAAACUCGAUGUAACCGAUCUACCAACCCGAGUUUUUAAAACAUUUAAUCACAUCCGGCAUCGUUCGAGGGAAAAUAUUCGAGUUGUCAGAUGCCUUUGCAUGUUUAUCUUGCAAUCCAGAGUUACAAGCCAAAUUUCCUGGAAAAAGAAAUGCAUUUAUUUACAUCAAAGGGCCUCAUCAUCAGUCAUUACUCUUGGCAGUUGAUACGGUGGAAAUGUUGCUAGAUGAAGUGGUUAAGCGGAAUACCGGCCCAGUUUCAAAGGUGCCAGCACUGGAAAGAUACUGGUCAGAGAUGCGUGAGGUAGACUACGAGAUCAAGGACUUCCCUGUGGCAGCCAUCAAGAAUGUCAUUUCCAGGGGCAUUAUACGAGGGAAGGUCAACGAGUUCUCAGGUGCCGUGGUAAGUGCCAGAGGAAACCCUCAUCUGUCAAACCCUCCCCAGAACGACAGAACUCUGUACUUGCACAUCCAGGCUCCUGAUCAUCAUUCAAUUCUACUUGCAAUUCAAGCAAUUAACAGACUAUUACAUGAAGUGGCACCGGACGAAAGUUCACCUCCAGGAGAGAUGCUGACAAAUAAUUCAGGUUCGCAGGCGACCAUGGUCAAACAGCCAGUUUCGAACAGUAGCACUCUGACAGAACUUCCUGCUGUGUCCACUGCCUCACCAUCUGAGAGUAUGGAAGUCACUGAGCAGACUGCUGUAGCAACAGAGCAGACAUCUUUGUCUGAUGUCAUAAGACAGUUGCAACAGUACAUUGAAGGAAGUGAGGAAACACCAAGCAGUGACGACCAGAUGAAACAGAGUACUGCAGCAGUACCUCAACUUGCUCCAGUCAGUACACCACCUCAGCAUACUGUGACCAUUACACAGUCACCGCAGAAUACUGCAGCAGUAGCUCAACCUGCUCCAGUCAGUACACCACCUCAGCAUACUGUGACCAGUACACAGUCACCGCAGAAUACUGCAGCAGUAGCUCAACCUGCUCCAGUCAGUACACCACCUCAGCGUAAUGUGACCAGUACACAGCCACCUCAGCGUACUGCAGCAGUAGCUCAACCUGCUCCAGUCAGUACACCACCUCAGCGUACUGUGACCAGUACACAGCCACCUCAGAGUACUGCAGCAGUAGCACAACCUGCUCCAGUCAGUACACCACCACAGCAUAAUGUGACCAGUACACAGCCACCUCAGCGUACUGCAGCAGUAGCUCAACUUGCUCCAGUCAGUACACCACCUCAGCGUAAUGUGACCAGUACACAGCCACCUCAGCGUACUGCAGCAGUAGCUCAACCUGCUCCAGUCAGUACACCACCUCAGUGUAAUGUGACCAGUACACAUCCACCUCAGCGUACUGCAGCAGUAGCUCAACCUGCUCCAGUCAGUACACCACCUCAGCGUAAUGUGACCAGUACACAGCCACCUCAGCGUACUGCAGCAGUAGCUCAACUUGCUCCAGUCAGUACACCACCUCAGUGUACUGUGACCAGUAUACAUCCACCUCAGUGUACUGCAGCAGUAGCUCAACCUGCUCCAGUCAGUACACCACCUCAGUGUCCUGUGACCAGUACACAUCCACCUCAGUGUACUGCAGCAGUAGCUCAACUUGCUCCAGUCAGUACACCACCUCAGUGUCCUGUGACCAGUACACAUCCACCUCAGUGUACUGCAGCAGUAGCUCAACCUGCUCCAGUCAGUACACCACCUCAGCGUACUGUGACCAGUACACAUCCACCUCAGCGUACUGCAGCAGUAGCUCAACCUGCUCCAGUCAGUACACCACCUCAGUCAGUACACAUCCACCUCAGUGUACUGCAGCAGUAG